UCCCCGCUCUAAAAACUCAGAUGAGCAAUCUCAGUGGGCGCAGCCUCAAAGUGCAGCCUGGUUCCGGCUUGAGGCCUCUACGUUCGCGCCUUGGAACCGAAAGUGAAAGACGCCGCUUUUACAACCGAUGCCACGAGUACGUGGACGUGCAGGCGGCCGUAAGGGACACCGUGUAGAGUUUUAAUCGUAGCCGCGGGGGUCAAAUGAAUCGCAACGGCCCUUUAAACUGGUUCCCCUUUCCCUUUUUUUCCGUCACUAAUGCAGCGUCUGCGCGUCGGGACAUGGCGAACGGAGGGGGAGGGAGCUCGCAGGGGAGUCCAGCCGGUGGGAAACACUACGAGUGGCAGCUGUCGGACGGGCAGGAGUGGCUGACACUGGCUAACGACCAUGUGAUCGAGUCCCACUACUGCCAACCCGGAGCUAAAGGAAUCACCAUCAACACCCGCCACGGGAGAGUGUUCAUUGACUUUGAUAAGUUGCAGACCCGGAACACAGCUCUUAAGGUUCAGAGACUAACCUUCAUGCCUCAGGGCCAAACAGAGGACGUGGGUUGGUACUUCAGAGACAACCAGCUGUGGUGUGAAUAUGGAUCCCAGGGCUCCGGCAUGUUGACCUCAUCCAUCAGCAGCCGCGAUAUUGAGCGCCAGUUCACGCUCAACCCUCAGAGAACCUUCACAUUCACCGUGGGCUCUACGGCCUACAAACUCGACUUCUCCACCAUGACCCAAACAAACUCCAUCACGGGCUUGUGCAGGAAUGUACGCCGGCGGCCGAAAUUCACUUCCAAUGCUGGGAGCCUUCGCUCCACCUCAGUCCUGCCCUCGGCUUCCGCCUCCCAGCCCGCCAAUGCGAGCUACACGUGGGAAUUCAUGGCAGACGAGGGGAGAUGGACAGAAUAUGAAGCACAUGUAUGUUCCUUUGACAGCAGUUAUAUUGAGAGACAAUACCAGCGGAACCCGAAGGGCAAGCUGCACUUCACCAUCAGGAAAUUCUCAUACACGCUGGAUUUUUCAAGAAUGUGUCAAGUGAAUACAAAGUUUGGGACUAAAAGAUCAGUGAGGAGGACUUUAACCAGCGGGAGCCAAGAGAGUAGCAGUUCUGGCACGAUGACACAAUGGCAGUUCCAAGAUUUCAAUGGAGCAUGGAAAGAUUACUCCAACGGAUAUAAUCAGUGCAGCAUUUCCAGUGAGGACAUCGAGCUCCGUUACCAACAGAACCCGUUCGGCACAAUGUUAUUUGCCGCCACGAACUUUAGCUACGAGCUGAACUUCUCAGCCAUGACCCAGAGAAACCUUACCACAAACACCACCAGAUCAGUGCGACGACUUAACCAGUGACGGGUUUGGAGGUCGGGAGUUAUUUUAAAUCUUGAUCUUACCGAUUACGUCAUUGUCUUCCUCAGGUCGUCUCUCAUAGUGGAAUGAUUAAGUUUUUUUUUUUUUUUUUUUUUUAACAUAAGCUGCCUCCUCUCUUCUGUUUGGGUGAUCUUACACAACAGUUAUUUAAACAUGGGAAAAUUGUUAAAAAAGGUGUGAGGGAAUCUUUAUAUCCUCAGAGUCCAUGAGUACAAUGCACUCGGUCCUUUUCCAAAACCAUCUGCCAGUGUUUACAAUGAAUUCAUUUUUUAAUGUUUAUUUUUAACCUCAAACUAAGGUUUUUAUUUUUUUUUUUAACUAAUGUUUCAUGUAACCCCGCCUCACUCUAUGCUUUAGUAAAUCCUAGAUUGUUCAUGAAUGACGACUUGUAAUCAGUGCACUUCUUAAACUGUUUUCAGUGUUUAGCUUUUGACAACUUACCUCUUUUAACCUAAAACCACAGGGAAGUUAACCUUGAUCUUUCAUGUAAUGCAGCCUAUCAAAUCGUGCAUAUAAAUAUAAAAAAUGUUCAUUAAUACUGCCUUGUAAUCAGUAAACUUUGGCUUGUUUUUCUUCUCUAAAUUAA